AUGGAACGAGAGAAAAAAUGGAGAUCGCUACGUCUUAGAGGAUUUAUUUUGACGCUUUCUCUCAUUUUUCAAUUGGUUUUUGGAAUAUGCAGAGAGAUUCUGUAUUGGGAGGAUCCCAGGACAGUACGGACUAAUGUAGAUAAUAUCAUUUCUAUUGUGGCAUUAGCUCAUGCUAUAAUUAUCUCACAAGAAAAAGGUGGCAACGCUAGCGUAACGAAAUUCCGGACAGAGUGCACUUAUUGGACUCUGAUUGUCUGGCUCCCUGUUCUAAUUCUUUCGAUUUGUUGCGCUUCUUUGAAUAUUUAUUACGACUUGCAUAGCCUAUCGGAAUACAACAUUGCCAUGAUGACACUAGAGUGGUUUUCCAUUUUUUUCUUCAUUUUCCAACCGAGCGCCGAAAAAAAAGGGAAUGCUCAGGAUACAAUGAGCAUCUGUUCAGCUACCGAGAUAAAAGUGGACCAAGGAAUCGAAAACCUGGGAACUUGGUUCUAG